AUGAGACCAAAAGUCCUCGAGAUCGCCUGGCACGAGACACAAGCAGUCUACUCGUGCGAUUUCCAGCCCCUCCCGCUUACGCAGCUCAAGCGGCUCCUAUCGGCGUCCACCUCUGCCGACGACGAAGAAAAGGACAAACCCACAAGCUCUGCCACUGCCGCCGCCAAUGCUGCUGCCAGCAGGCAGUACAGGCUGGCCACUGCAGGAGGCGAUUCCAAAGUCCGCAUAUGGAUGGUCUACCCAAAUAUCCCCUCGAUAUCCCCUGCCACAUAUACGGCUCUAACAGGCCAGGAUUAUACACCGCACCCCCCGAGAGUCGAGUAUCUCGCGACAUUGUCAAAGCACACGGCGCCCGUCAAUGUCGUCCGUUUCAGCCCGAAUGGGCAGACCUUGGCCAGCGCUGGCGACGACGGCAAUGUCAUUCUUUGGGUGCCGAGCGAUAGGCCCAAUGUCACUUUCGGAGAGACUUCGGAAGACUUGCCGGACAAGGAGCACUGGAGACUGCAAAAGAUGCUCCAAGUCACUACAAAGCAUGUCUACGACUUGGCGUGGUCGCCGGAUGGAGAGUUCUUGAUUGCCGGGUCUACAGAUAACACGGCGACUAUAUGGAAAGCGGCUACGGGCGAGUGCGUGUUUGCUCUGAGAGAACACUCUCACAAUGUACAAGGUGUAUCAUGGGACCCAUUGAACGAGUACAUUGCUACUCAGAGCAGUGACCGCUCUGUCCAUGUCAACACAUUCGCAUUCCGCAACGGCAUCCCCGACGUCCACCCCGUUACCCGGGCGACUCGCAUGGAGAUUCGUCACUCCCGGACACCAUCCAUUUCUUCAGCCUCUCGCCCCAACAUGGUCCGUCGAGGUUCGACCACCUCGGAAGCAGGGUCUGUCAUCACCACCGCUUCCGACUUUCCCGAAACCCAUUUCCCAGGUAUCGCAGCUAGCGCCAUCGGUGCUCCUGCCACGCCCUCGGCUUCGGUGCCAUCGACACCCCAGCCCGCUGCGCCUGCACCCAUGAACCCUCCCACUUCCAACAGACCAUCCUCCCGUCGGUCCUCCUUUUCCGGCUCACAGGCUGCUGGUUCUCCAGCUCUGAGCGCUGCAGCGUUCAGUGCCCUCGGCCGGUCAGCAAGAUCUCCUUCGCCUAUACCUCCUCUCCCUGCCAUCCGUGCCCCGCCUGCAAGCUCAAACGUCUCUCUGAACCAGAGACUCUACGGCGAAGAAGGCGCAACGCGGUUCUUCCGAAGACUGACCUUUUCUCCUGAUGGGUCGCUUCUAUUGACACCCGCGGGACAGAUCGAGGAUCAAGUAUUCAAGGGCUCUCCCAUGCUCGGCCCCAGAAGCUUGUCGCAAGACGCUUCAUCCGAGUCCAACAGCGUACCAAAACCCAAGCAUACCGAAACUGGCAAGCCCACUGCCUACAUCUACUCGCGAGCCAACCUUGCGCGGGCGCCAAUAGCGCAUCUUCCGGGGCACAAGACCUCGAGUGUGGCCAUCCGCUUCUGCCCAGUGUUUUACGACCUGCGUCAGAAUGGGCAUGUUCAAUCAGAGCCGAAACAUGUUACAUUAGACAAGUCGGACACUCAACCCGUACAUGUCUCGUUAUCGAUGCCCCCACCCCCAGCGCCUUCGUCAUCCUCGACAAAGGAAAAGGAAAAGGAGACGCAGAACUUGGGUAGUGUCUUUGAUCUGCCAUACCGGUUGCUGUAUGCUGUGGCGUGUCAGGACUCGGUGUUGCUAUACGACACGCAGCAAGCAGGUCCUAUAGCAAUCUUCAAGGGUCUUCAUUAUGCCGGGUUCACCGACGUGGCUUGGUCUCCCGAUGGUCAGACGCUCUUGCUUUCUUCAGCCGACGGCUACUGCAGCAUGGUUACUUUCGACCUAGGCGAAAUAGGCACCGUCCAUCCCACCCAACAACACCACCGCCAACUCCAAGCCAUCGCCCAAUCCCACUCCCUCGCCGGUACUCCUCUUGCCUCGUCCCACCAUCGAGACUCUAUCCAUUCUCAGACGUCCGCGUCAGGGACACCAUACAGUCCUGCAGUGGGCAUCAGGCGGAGCCCCGCGCCUUCCAAUCUCGGCGGGUGGGGAGCGAGGAGUGAGAGGGAGAGUUCGGUGGCUAGCAGUGUGGCCGGUGUGUCGGCAUCGACUAGGCCGUCUAUCUCUAGCCAGGGGCAGGGAGUGCUGCCGACGCCUACGCCGAGUGAAAGUGGGGGCGCUGGUGCUGCUUCCUUGGAAGAUGCGGCCAAUAAGAGAGGAGGGGAGCAAGCUGCUGAAGGGGAAGCGCCAAAGAAGAAGAGAAGGGUGGCGUUGACUCAUUUGGGGACUGAUUGA